AUGUUGUGUCAGAUAUCAACACUGAGAGAAGAUAACUAAAGAAUAAAUUACCAAAUAUGGUCUGUGAUGGCAGUGAAUAAAUAGAGACUAAAAGCUAUGAGAGUAAUACUAAAGGUUCAAUUUAACAGUCUACUACUAAUUCAGAGUCUUGUAAUCAGAAAGGAAAUUAAAAAGUGGAUUUUGUAGAAAAAAAUGAAAACGAUUGUUUUUAAAAAGUAGAAGAAUACUUAACAGAUCAAUCACCAAAAUCAUUGCUACAAUAAUAAAAAGAGAGUGAAGCUGAUUAAAUAAAUACAAGUCCUUAAUAAUUGA